AUGUCUCAAAGAUGGAUAAACGAGUGCCUCGACAGGACCGGUCCAUGUCAGGAGGGGACAAUGGAGCCUUAUGAUUCCGACGUGUGCCCAAGCAAACAAUAUGACAGCGACUACCAAGACGAGGCAAACGCGACCGCAGGUGAAGGACGCACGCAAAUGUGUCAGCCUGCCGAACAUUCCGGCGGUGCAUUCCUCCCUACAAGGCUCCUGGACCUCUUUCCCGUUCCUGCCCAUACUCCAGGCUGUAUUAGCCUUGUGGAGAGCAUCCAUCUCGAGAAGGGUCUCAGAUACGCCGCUCUCAGCUAUUGCUGGGGAAAUGUCAAGCCGACAAUCUUGACUACUAAAGCGAACCUCGACAGCCACCAACAGAGUAUCAAGUUCUCUGUCCUGCCGCAGUGUUUGCGAGAUGCCGUCACCGUCGCACGCAGUCUCGAGAUUCGCUCCCUCUGGAUCGAUGCGCUUUGCAUCAUCCAAGGUGAUGGCGACGACUGGGCCAGAGAGUCAGCAACGAUGUGGCAGCUAUUCCAGAACGCCUACGUCACAAUCGCUGCGGCUGCGUCGGAGUCUUUUGACGAGGGGUUCUUGGCCCGCCGGCCGUUUGAGUCCUUCGAUGUGAAUUUUAUGUCGGCCUUGAACCCUCAGGCUGUAGGCACAUUCACACUAUCCACAAUUCCAGAUCCGGACGGGUGGCAGGUGUUAAAUCCCCAAUACAUCAACCGGCUAUCAGGUGACCUGCGGACUUGCACUCCGGUACCUUCCUUUUACUGCCGUCCCACUUACGAGGAACAUGGCCUUAACGGCAUACAUGGCUUCCACGGCCUACUCCUUUCUUGUCGGACCAUCUACAAAGAGGCAUCCGCCUUGCUUUACAGUCACAACAGGUUUAUUAUUCGGUACUGGGAGAAGGAAUCCUUGGCGCCCCUGAGAAAUUUGACCCCAUCCUCGCUCUCUAAGCUUACGUACCUCAAGAUCGUUCUCAACCAAGCGUCGUGCCACCACAAGAGCCCGACAGUGUGGAAUGAGGACUCAAUGGACGUCUGUCACGACAGCCGACGCAGGGAUGACGAGGGCGGAACUGACCAAGCCUUCGAUCCUGUGCUAUGCAACGCCCCUCUGAAAAUCGACCAGCCGAGAGCGAAGAUUCUGUUUGCCGAAUGGCAUGGCACCGUCGCAUAUAUGGCAUCGCAUAUCAGCCCAAAGACCCUUGAGCUUAGUGUAGUUUGCGACGUCCACCACGACGACAUGGAGGCAGCCAGACACGCAGCCGAUCCGAUCAGUCUCUUUCCAGAGUUGCGAAACUGUCAUAUCCGCCUGUGCCGAACAUCUACGCCGCAGUUGCGGCGAAUGGCUCACGACACGGUACUUGAAGCUCGCCGAAUUACCAGCCAUGGUCUUCGGGGAACGUUUCAGGCGUGGCUCGAUCAGCCCAGCUAG